CUAACAAAAUCCGGUCACGUGGAGACACGCUACCCACCAAUCAGGAGGCGUCGCAUGAGGGCGGGGGCGGGAGGAGUUGCGGCUCUGUGAUUGGCCAAAUGCUCCACAGAGGCCUCGGGGGCCUGGGGCGUCGGGGAGUGCGCGAGGCGGUGCGGAUUGUGUGCACUGGCGGAGACAAAGCGGUGGCCAAGGUGGCAGUGGCGGCAGCGGCGGUGGCGGCGGAGCAGCCCUAAACGCCGAAUUUUGUGGUACUAAGUCCGGUCACCAUCUCAUCCAGCUCGGCGCGCGGGCUGCUGGUCUCGCGGCGGCGGCGGCGGCGGCGGCGGAGGCAGCGGCGGAGGCGGCGGCAGCACAUGGUUCCAAGAGCGCGCUGCGGUUGUUGGGUUCCAAUUCCGUGGGGAGGGACAAAGGCAGCUGUGAGCGCCGGGCAACGCCCGGUCGGGUGGUGCGCUCGCCACUGCCCUCGUUCCAGGCCUUGAAAGCUGGGACUAACUUCUCUCCGUGAGGAGGAGACCACGGAACCGAGGCCCAGCGAGGGCCCUGAGAGGCUGAGGCUGUUGUCUGAGGGAAGUGGGGGAGGGGCGCAGCCCGCCUGUGUUAAUUUGGGCGGGUCAGUUCAGUGGCGACUUAGUGGGUCAUUGUGAGGUAAUUUCACCCACUACCCGGAGGAAGUUGGGGCGCACAGCAAGUUAGGUUUGGUCCCGGGUUUGAAAACAGAAAUCGGUCUUCAGCGCUUUUAGGAAAUCUUUCAGUUGGGAGGUGGUGAAGCCGGAACUGACGCCAUAUGCACUUCUUCAACAUCGUGGUUGCCAGUCUGGGGCUUAUUUAAGGAUCCUGGGAUCAUUGAUGGCGAAGACGUGGGUGGUUGUCCAAUUUUAUGACUGAAGUUGCUAAAUUUCCGGUUUGGUAGGUUUCCGGAUUGGUAAAUUUCCUCACAGGAAAUUUAGAGGAACAGAAAAGAGGAUCCAAGAGCAUGAAGAUGAAACAGUAAUUAAAUCGCCAACUCCAGUACCACCUACUUUAGGACCAACCACAUUCCACUGAGUGAACUAUCGCAAAUUAACGCUGAAGCUGCUUAAGACUACAGAUUUAUGACAUAAUUCUUUCGAAAACAUUACAUCAAAGUCAUUGAGAAGAUUAAAAAAAAAGGAAAAACCAGUUUUUGUUUCAGACAUCUUUUGGAAUAUAUUUUGGAUAGAUGCUAGAUAACCUUGUUUAAGGAGAAUAGAUUUACCAAAUCUCUACCGGAAGGAAUCCUGAAAAAUCUGUUACAUUGUAAGCGUAUAGUUCCCAGUUAGUGGGUGAAGAACUGGAGACCUCACCGCACUCAUGGCUUUCACAAAUUACAGCAGUCUGAAUCGUGCUCAGCUAACCUUUGAAUAUCUACACACAAAUUCAACCACUCAUGAAUUCUUGUUUGGUGCUCUUGCUGAACUAGUUGAUAAUGCAAGAGAUGCUGAUGCCACCAGAAUUGAUAUUUAUGCAGAAAGGCGAGAGGACCUUCGAGGAGGAUUUAUGCUUUGUUUUUUGGAUGAUGGAGCAGGAAUGGAUCCAAGUGAUGCUGCCAGCGUGAUCCAGUUUGGGAAGUCGGCCAAGCGAACACCUGAGUCCACCCAAAUUGGGCAGUACGGGAAUGGGUUAAAAUCGGGCUCGAUGCGCAUUGGGAAGGAUUUUAUCCUCUUCACCAAGAAGGAAGAGACUAUGACCUGCCUCUUCCUGUCGCGCACCUUUCACGAGGAGGAAGGCAUUGAUGAGGUGAUUGUCCCGUUGCCCACCUGGAACGUUCGGACCCGGGAACCUGUCACAGACAACGUGGAGAAGUUUGCCAUCGAGACAGAACUCAUCUACAAGUAUUCUCCCUUCCGCAAUGAAGAGGAAGUGAUGACUCAGUUCAUGAAGAUUCCUGGGGACAGUGGAACGCUGGUGAUCAUCUUCAAUCUCAAACUCAUGGAUAAUGGAGAGCCUGAGCUGGACAUAAUCUCAAAUCCAAGAGACAUCCAGAUGGCAGAGACUUCCCCGGAGGGCACGAAGCCGGAGCGCCGCUCCUUCCGCGCCUAUGCUGCUGUGCUCUACAUCGAUCCCCGAAUGCGAAUCUUCAUCCACGGGCACAAGGUGCAGACCAAGAGGCUCUCCUGCUGCCUGUACAAGCCCAGGAUGUACAAGUACACAUCAAGUCGCUUCAAGACCCGUGCGGAGCAGGAGGUGAAGAAAGCUGAGCACGUGGCACGGAUUGCUGAAGAGAAGGCAAGGGAGGCGGAGAGCAAAGCUCGGACGUUAGAAGUGCGUCUGGGCGGAGACCUCACGCGGGACUCCAGGGUGAUGUUGCGGCAGGUCCAGAACACGGCCAUUACCCUGCGCAGAGAAGCUGACGUCAAGAAGCGAAUCAAGGAGGCCAAGCAGCGAGCGCUUAAAGAACCCAAGGAACUGAACUUUGUUUUUGGGGUCAACAUCGAACACCGGGACCUGGAUGGCAUGUUCAUCUACAACUGUAGCCGCCUGAUCAAGAUGUAUGAGAAAGUGGGCCCACAGCUGGAAGGGGGCAUGGCAUGUGGUGGAGUUGUCGGGGUUGUCGAUGUGCCCUACCUGGUCCUGGAGCCUACACACAACAAGCAGGACUUUGCUGAUGCCAAGGAGUACCGCCACCUGCUGCGGGCGAUGGGGGAGCACCUGGCACAGUACUGGAAGGACAUCGCCAUUGCCCAACGAGGAAUCAUCAAGUUCUGGGAUGAGUUUGGCUACCUCUCUGCCAACUGGAACCAGCCUCCAUCCAGUGAGCUGCGUUACAAACGGCGGAGAGCUAUGGAAAUCCCAACCACCAUCCAGUGUGACUUGUGUCUGAAGUGGCGGACCCUCCCCUUCCAGCUGAGUUCUGUGGAAAAAGAUUACCCUGACACCUGGGUUUGCUCCAUGAACCCUGAUCCUGAGCAGGACCGGUGUGAUGCUUCUGAACAGAAGCAGAAAGUUCCCCUGGGAACAUUCAGAAAGGACCUGAAGACACAGGAAGAGAAGCAGAAGCAACUGACAGAGAAAAUUCGCCAGCAGCAGGAGAAGCUGGAGGCCCUGCAGAAAACCACACCCAUCCGCUCCCAAGCAGACCUGAAGAAAUUGCCCUUGGAAGUGACCACCAGACCUUCCACUGAGGAACCUGCACGUAGACCUCAGCGUCCUCGGUCGCCUCCUUUACCUGCUGUGAUCAAGAAUGCCCCGAGCAGACCCCCUUCCCUGCAGGCUCCCAGGCCAGCCAGCCAGCCCCGAAAGGCUCCUGUCGUCGGCAGCACCCCAAAGCCUCCUGUCCCGCCAGCGCGGGAGGAGGCCAGUACUUCCAGGCUGCUCCAGCCUCCUGAGGUGCCCCGAAAGCCUGCUAACACUCCCGUCAAGCCUGCGCCCAGGCCCACCCCUCCUGUGCAGCCACCGUCACCAUCUCUGCUGCCCAACUCCAAGAGCCCUCGGGAGGUCCCUGCCCCUCGAGCCAUCAAGACUGCAGUGGUCAAGAAGCCAGAGCCGCCCAGUAAACUCUCCCUGGCCACUCCUGGUCGGAAGCGGAGUCUUGGGGUCUCUGAUGAGGAAGAAGCUGAGGAAGAGGCUGAGAGGAGGAAGGAGAGGUCCAAGCGGGGCAAGUUUGCUGUGAAGGAGGAAAAGAAGGAUGUGAAUGAGCUCUCAGACAGUGCUGGGGAAGAGGAUCCAGCUGACCUCAAGAGCGCUCAGAAAGAUAAAGGGCUGCACGUGGAGGUGCGUGUGAACAGGGAGUGGUACACAGGCCGUGUCACAGCUGUGGAGGUGGGCAAGAACGUGGUGCGGUGGAAGGUGAAAUUUGACUAUGUGCCCACGGACACGACACCAAGAGACCGCUGGGUGGAGAAAGGCAGCGAGGAUGUGCGGUUGAUGAAGCCCCCUUCCCCGGAGUAUCAGAGCCCGGACACGCAGCAGGAGGGCGGGGAGGAGGAAGAGGCGCCGGUGGCCCAGCAGGCUGUAGCCACGGCGGAGCCCUCCACCUCGGACUGCAUUCGCAUCGAGCCCGACACCACUGCCCCGAGCACCAACCACGAGACCGUUGACCUCCUUGUCCAGAUCCUUCGGAAUUGUUUGCGGUACUUCCUGCCUCCAAGUUUCCCCAUCUCUAAGAAGGAGCUGAGUGCUAUGAAUUCAGAUGAGCUCAUAUCGUUUCCUCUGAAAGAGUACUUCAAGCAGUAUGAAGUGGGGCUCCAGAACCUGUGCCAUUCCUACCAGAGCCGCGCCGACUCUCGGGCCAAGGCCUCCGAGGAGAGCCUGCGCACCUCCGAGAGAAAGCUCCGCGAGACAGAGGAGAAGCUGCAGAAGCUGAGGACCAACAUCGUGGCGCUCCUGCAAAAGGUGCAGGAGGAAUUUGUGGUUCCAACCCUGGCUGCACAGCAUCCUGACCAGGAGGGCUGGAGGUGGUGCGGCUGCCUGGGCCUCAUCCCAGCCAGACCCACGGACAUAGACAUUAACACAGACGACGAGCUGGAUGCCUACAUCGAGGACCUGAUCACCAAGGGGGACUAAGGGGACCAGAGCCAGAAAUCAGCUGCCUUGCCCCUCAAGGCAGAACUCCUGGGGGUGGCGUUUCAUUUAUGGGUUGGUGGACUUACCUUGGUUUGACUUACACGGGAUCUUUUUGCUUUUGGAGGGAAAGAGACUCUGAUUCUUUGAAUCUUCCUCCCUAAGUUUAUAAAUAUUUAUUUUUUAAAAGAAACAAGAUGCUGUG